CACGCAGCGCCUCCUCACUCUUCACAAUUCAAUCUCUCUAAUCUCUAUUUAUUCACUCACAUUAAUUCAUCUCUCUCUCUCUCUAUAUAUAUAUAUAUAAAUAAUCUUCGAUUUUGAUCGGAGAUAAUUAUGGCGGCUACGACGGCGGUUCCUCCACAACCGGCGGCGGUGCAUACUCAGCCGGCUGUGACAGCGGUGGUUGGAGCAACACCACCGCCGAGUCCACACGUGGCAAUGAGCGGUGGUGUUGGUGUUGGACAAACGCAUUAUUCGUUGUACGUAGGAGAUCUGGACACGUCAGUAGAUGAAGGACAACUGUAUGACGUGUUUAACCAGGUGGCACAAGUCGUGUCUGUUAGGGUUUGUAGGGAUCAAUCUCGUACUAGGGCAUCACUUGGAUAUGCUUAUGUCAAUUUCACUUCUCCACAAGAUGCUGCUACUGCAAGGGAGUUAUUGAAUUUUACUCAAGUGAAUGGAAAACCUAUGAGGAUAAUGUUUUCUCAUAGAGACCCUAGUUUGCGAAAGAGCGGAUAUGCAAAUGUUUUCAUUAAGAAUCUGGACUCAUCAAUAGAUAACAAGGCUUUGCAGGACACUUUUGCUGCCUUUGGAACAGUUCUUUCCUGCAAGGUUGCUGUUGAUAGUAAUGGUCUAUCAAAAGGAUAUGGAUUUGUACAAUUUGAUCAGGACAAAGCUGCACAGGAUGCGAUCAACCGGCUAAAUGGUAUGUUGAUAAAUGAUAAACAAGUUUAUGUUGGCCACUUCAUCCGUCGACAAGAAAGGAGUCGAACAAAUGCUUCCGAUAAAUUCACAAAUAUCUAUGUGAAAAAUCUUCCUGAAACUACCAGUGAUGAGGAUCUUAAGAAGCUUUUUGAGAAGUACGGCACCAUCACCAGUGCUUUAGUCAUGAAAGACACAAAUGGGAAAACCAGAUGUUUUGGCUUCGUAAAUUUUGAGACCUCGGAAUCUGCAGCCUCUGCAGUUGAACAGUUGAAUGGCAGUUCUCUGAAUGAAAAAGUUCUGUUUGUCGCCAAGGCACAGAAGAAAUCAGAGCGGGAAGCAGAUCUUAGAGCCAAAUAUGAACAAGAAAGAGCUAGUCGAUUUGAGAAACUAAAAGGUGCUAACUUGUAUUUGAAAAAUCUGGAUGACAGUGUGAAUGAUGAAAAUCUGAAAGAAUUAUUCGCAGAGUACGGAACCAUAACAUCCUGCAAGGUGAUGCGCGAUGCAAAAGGGGUGAGCAAGGGUUCUGGCUUUGUUGCCUUUUCGACCCCAGAGGAAGCUACACGAGCUUUGAAUGAGAUGAAUGGCAAGUUGAUAGGAAAGAAACCUUUAUUUGUUGCUGUUGCCCAGCGCAAGGAUGAAAGAAGAGUGUGGCUACAGGCACAUUUUGCUCGGAUGAGACCGGUUGGGGGAAUGGCUCCUCCUCCUGGAGGAAUGCCUGGGUUUCACAAUGGGGCACCUCGACUUGCUCCUCAGCAGGCCUACUUUGGUCAAGGUGCUCCAGGAUUUAUAGCACCUCAAGCUGCUGGAUUUGGCUUCCAGCAACAACUCAUGCCUGGAUUUCGUCCAGGUGUUGGCCCGAAUUUCCUCUUGCCCUAUCAGCUUCAGCGUCAAGGACAACACGGACGUGUUGGUGGUAGGAGAGGAGGGAAUUCUCAACCACAGCAGCAGCAGUGGAACUCCGGUAGAUUCAAUCUGAAUGGACGAAAUGGCAUGCAUCCUAGCAUCCCUCAAGGCAUGGUGGGACCAAUUAUGUCAGCGCCAUUUGAUGCUGCUUCUGGUAUGACAACUCCUCCCUUGGACAUCCAACGCUCUAACCCGGUGCCACCGUCAACACUUGCUUCUUCUUUGGCCUUUGCUUCUCCAGAAGAUCAGCACAUGAUGCUCGGAGAGCAGUUAUUUCCACUUGUGGAAUCCAUUGAACGUGAUCAUGCUGGUAAAGUUACUGGUAUGUUGCUUGAGAUGGAUCAGACUGAGGUGCUUCAUCUCAUAGAGUCCCCUGAUGCUCUCAAGAAGAAAGUCUCCGAGGCUAUGGCUGUUCUUCGCUUGGUCCCACCAGGUUCUAGUGUUGGUGAUAAAUUUGGAUCACUCACCCUGAAUGGAUGAAGCAAAUUUUUAUCUUUUGGCACAUGGAAAUGUCCCUAAAUUGGCCCGUAUUUUUGGAAGGGGUAAUGGUGGUGACUUAGGGAAUCUGUUUUGGCUGUGGUAUUAAAUGAUAUUCUUUGUAGGCUUCUAAGUUUAGCAAAGAGGGCUUCUUUGAAUGAUAACUAGGAGUUUAUUUUGCUCUCUUGAUUAGAUUGUUUCAUUCUAUUUUACUUUUUUUGGGGAUUUCACUUUUAACUUUUUGUUUCCUGGGAAAUCAUAUACUUCUUAGACUUGCAAUUCAUGGUUGUUUUGUUUGA